CUCAAUCAAAGCACAUCAGUAGUCUGGGGCCUUAGCCAUGAUAGGAUGUGGAAUGUUUCGAUCACAGAGUAAACAUUUGCACAGGUCUCUGGUUUACGGAAUUCCACCACUCGCUGUCUGCAGGCCACAACUUGGGUAUACAGCAGAGAUGUGAAAUAAACUAUAAACAGAAUCUAGUCUGGUUUAAUUUUUUACAAAGCUACAGCAGGCACCAGAACCCAUGGAGCAGCGGAUCGUCCUCUUGUGUCUGGCUCUGGCUGGGGCUGGGCCAUGCCUGGGCAGCUUCAGCGACUAUGAUUAUGGGGGGAUGCCCGUCAUGAUUAACCGACUGGUGGGAGAGCCCAGCGUGUUGAGUCUACGAGGGCGCGUGGAUGCCAACUGGUACCGUGUCAUGAAUAGCGAGAGCUGCCCAUUGGAGUGUGACUGCCCGACACAGUGGCCCUCUGCCAUGUACUGCGACAGCAGGGGUCUCACGUGUGUGCCCACCACCCUGCCCCCGAGGACGCAGUACCUGUUCCUACAGGGCAACCGCAUCUCCAGCCUCCCCCCAGAGGGGUUUAAGAACUCGACUCUCACACGCUGGCUCAUUCUGGACCACAACGAGAUGGUGAGCAAUCAGAUCUCCGGGGCAGUGCUCAAGGGGUUACCCCAUCUGCAGAACCUUUUCAUCAACUACAACAACCUGACCGAUAUCCCCGGGCCCCUGCCCGACGGCCUGAAGCAGCUCCGACUGGCACACAACAAGAUCGGCAAAAUCUCCCCCAACGCUUUCGAAAACCUCAAGAACCUGACUCUACUGCUGUUGCAUGGGAACCAGCUGAAAACCAUCGGAGAGGCUGAUUUCAAAGGUCUGCAAUCCAUCAUUCUCCUGGAUCUCAGUCACAACAAGCUGAUCGAAUUCCCUAAGAAUCUGCCCCCUUCCAUCCAGCAGCUCUAUGUCUCUAACAACUCCCUGGCCUCCCUCCCUCAGGACUGCCUGAUGGGCUUCGACAGGCUGCAGUAUCUGCGGAUCAGCCACAACAAGCUGGUCAACCAGGGGCUCCCUGCUGACGUCUUCAACGUGCCCUCCAUUGUCGAGCUUGACCUCUCCUACAACCAGCUCUCCUCCAUCCCUCCCGUGCACCAGGCUCUGCAGUACCUCUACCUGGAAGCCAAUCACAUCCAGGAGUUCAACAUCACCAGUUUCUGCCGAAAGGUCAGCCCUGUUGACUUCUCCCGCAUGAGGAUCCUUCGCCUGGAUGGGAAUCAGCUCUCCUACAGCCAGCUGCCCUUGGACUGGGGUCUGUGUCUCAGAGUGCUGAGGGACAUCUACAUCUAGCGCAGAAAACCAACUGAACAAGCCUGAGGCAUUGGGACAAGUUUACUAAAAUCAGAUCUAGAAUAUGGUAGCUCUCCAAGUCCAUUCUAUCCCGGGACAUUGGGUUCCAGUUAAAAAACAAACAUGCUGGCUCUAGUUCAAAUUUAACAGAAGUAAAUCUUAGUAAAUAUGUCCCUUACACUUUCAGCCUGUAGCAAUUUCAUCACAUUUCUAACUUCACGCACAAAAUGCCAAGGAUGCUGCCUUAAUAUUCAUAUAUUCAACAUUUCAACAAUUUAACAUUGUUGUUUAAAAAAAAAAAAAAAAAAUAAAUAAAUAAAUAAAUAAAUAAAUAAAUAAAUAAAUAAUAAUAAUAAUAAUAAUAAUAAUAAUAAUAAUAAUAAUAAUAAUAAUAAUAAUAAUAAAGAAGCUAUCUCAGUCUGGCUCAAAAGAUUGAAAAAUGUGAUUCAUUGUGUUUGAACAUUAGCCAGGGCAGCUGAGAAACUAUUUAUGCAAACCGCUUUUCUGUUUUUUCCAGUUUUUGAGCACAGGAAGAAUGGCCUCACUUUUAAAGAUUGCAUGAUAGCACUCUCCAGAUUAUUUCCAGAUUCUGAAAAUCUCUUCCCUGAGUAGUCUGUCUGAACUGCUGUUACUGUGAAACUAGCAGCAGACACACACAGUAGUAUAUUAAUACCAAGCCCUGAUGCUGGUACUUUCUAUCAUCCCUCAACAGUAAAUUGUUCCCUGUAAAGGUUCCUGUUGCUAAACGGUCUGGUCUAAAUCAAAACUGAAAAUAGACUAUCAGCAGGAUGAGGGUAAUCUAGUGUUAAAGAGUGGAGGUGUUCAACAAAAUCAUUCACAUUUACUGUAUUCAUUUUUACAGUGUAUAAAAACAACAGAAUUAACACAAUUAUAUUGUCCUUACCUGCCUCUCCACAGGUUUGACAAUAGAUAU